AUGUCGAACCAACAAAUAUCAAUCGAUGGAUUUUCUUUUGAUCGCAAUUCUGAUCGACAAAGUUUAUCUACUGAAAAUACCCUCGUAAAAUCGAUGACAUCUGAAUUAAAUGAUAUCUAUGACGUAAUUGUUGUUGGGGCUGGGUUUGCUGGUUUGAUAUGUGCUCGAAAUUUACGUUUAUCUGGGUAUUCUGUUUUAUUGAUCGAAGCGCGUGAUCGUAUUGGCGGUCGUACUUAUACAGUUGAAAAAGAUAAACAUCUAUAUGAACUAGGCGGCACAUGGAUUCACUGGUCUCAACCGUUUGUUUGGACAGAAAUGCAACGGUACGGUCUCCACAUAGUAGAAUCCAUUGGUGCCAUACCUGAUGAUGUCAGUUACAUCAGUGAUGGAAAAUUGAAACAAUGUCAGGCAAACGAAAUUCUACCACAACUCAGUGAAGCAAUGUCAAAAUAUUGUACAAUCAACGAUCAACCAUCAAUUUUAACUUAUCCGUACGAAGAAAAUAUUAAAAAUGAUCCGAUUCUUUUACAAUUGGACCAAAUGUCUUUGUUGGACAGAUUUAAACAAAUUAAGCAGACUUUAUCUGUGGAGAUGCAAGACUUAUUGCUAAGCUUUCUUUCGAUGAAUACCCAUGCUAAUUUGAACGAAGGGGGUUUCUUAACACAAUUACACUGGUGGUCAUUGGGCGAUUCUGAGCUUGGUCGAAUGUUAGAUAAAGUUAGUCGGUACAAAGUCGCCGAAGGGACAAGUCAUUUAGCCAAUUGUAUUUUCAAUGAAGCUAAUGGUAUACAUUUACUCUUAUCAACCCAAGUCGAGACGAUAGAACACAGCAAUAUAGUUGUCAUUAAUAGAAAGUACAAAGCACGUACAUGUAUCAUCACUGCACCCAUGAAUGUCUUAGCUAAUAUUGAAUUUAUACCCAAACUAAAAAAUCAUUUAUUUUCAAACCAUGCUGCUAGGCACGGGGGUAAAUUUUAUGCAAAAAUUGAAGGAAAAAUUGGCCGUUGGCUUGGUUUUGCUCCACCACCUAAUCUGGUCACAAUGGCAUUUUCAGAUUAUGAAGAGAAUGAUAGUACAUGGAUUGUUGGCUUUGAUUCCACAGGGCGUCUAGAUAUAUCGGAUAUUCAAAGCGUACAACAAGCUCUACAAACAUUAUUACCGAAUGCUACUGUUCAGUCGAUAAUUGGUCACAAAUGGGCACAAGAUCCUUAUGCACAAGGUACAUGGUGUUGGCUUCGUCCCACACAAAUGACAUGUGAUAUGCAUUUAUUGCGAACACACGAGGAACCGCUAUUUUUUGCGUCGGGCGAUUAUGCUUGUGGAUGGCGUGGAUUCAUCGAUGGAGCAAUUGAAAGUGGAGUUAAAGCAUCGAUGAAGGUUAAACAGUAUUUUACUACGAAAAUAACUACGAGUAUCUAA